CUGAAAGCGGGGGCCGGGCCGUCGGGGGCGCGGGCCACGUCAGCCGGGCGGCGGGCCGGCGGGUCGGUGCGGGAGCCGGGCUCAGCCGGCGCCAUGCGGCGGGGCGCGCUGCUGGCCGGCGCCCUGGCCGCCUACGCCGUGUACCUAGUGCUUGGCGCGCUGCUGGUGGCACGGCUGGAGGGGCCGCAAGAAGCGCGGCUCCGCGCCGAGCUGGGGACACUGCGGGAGCAGCUGCUGCGCCGCAGCCCCUGUGUGGCGGCGCCCGCCCUGGACGCUUUCGUGGAGCGAGUGCUGGCGGCCGGCCGGCUGGGGCGCACGGUGUUCUCCAACGCUUCGGGGGUCAACGCCUCGGACCCCUCCUGGGACUUUGCCUCGGCCCUCUUCUUCGCCAGCACGCUGGUCACCACUGUGGGCUACGGGUACACGACGCCACUGACCGACGCGGGCAAAGCCUUCUCCAUCGCCUUCGCGCUGCUGGGCGUUCCCACCACCAUGCUGCUGCUGACCGCCUCGGCCCAGCGCCUGUCCCUGCUGCUCACUCACAAGCCCGUGUCUUGGCUGAGGACGCGCUGGGGCUGGGAGCCCCGGCGGGCGGCCCGCUGGCACUUGGUGGCCCUGCUGGGAGUCAUCCUGACCGUCUGUUUUCUGCUGCCCGCGGCCAUCUUCGCCUACCUGGAGGAAGCCUGGAGCUUCCUGGACGCUUUCUACUUCUGCUUCAUCUCCCUGUCCACCAUCGGCCUGGGGGACUACGUGCCGGGGGAGGCCCCGGGCCAGCCCUACCGGGCCCUCUACAAGGUGCUGGUCACAGUCUACCUCUUCCUGGGCCUGGUCUUCAUGGUGCUGGUACUGCAAACCUUCCGCCGCGUGUCCGACCUGCAUGGCCUCACCGAGCUCAUCCUGCUGCCUGCCCCGAACCCCGCCACCCUCAGUGAGGACCACGAUGAUCAGGUGGACAUCCUGAACCACGCGCCAGAGCCACACCAGCAACUCUCUGCCGGCACCCACGUCGACUAUGCCUCCAUCCCCAGGUAGCCCUGGGAGGGCAGGCACUAGGACGGAGGCUGGCU